AUGGAAAUCUCGUUUAAAGGCAAAAGAAUACUCGUAACGGGGGCAGGCCAAGGAAUUGGCCGAGGUAUCGCCGUAGAACUGUGGCGUGCGGGUGCUAAUAUAGUUGCGUUGUCACGAACCAGAAGUCAUUUAGAGUCUCUCCAGAGCGAAUAUCCCUCGAUAGAUAUUGUAGAUGUUGACAUAGCUGACUGGGAGAAAACUCGUUCUGUGGUUGAGUCUUUGGGUCACUUUGACGCGCUUGUGAACAAUGCUGCCGUGGCGAUUUGUGAACCAUUCCUGGAGUGCUCGCCUGCGGAUUUUGAUAGAAUGUUCAAUGUAAAUGUAAGGGCAGUGCUUAACAUUAGUCAAGUUGUAGCAAGGAAAAUGGUAGAAAAUAAAACACAUGGUGCAAUAGUAAACAUAUCGUCUCAAGCUUCCAAGGCUGCAUUGCAAGAUCACGCUAUAUACUGUGCGUCAAAAGCUGCUGUAGAUGCAUUGACCCGUUCAAUGGCAUUAGAGCUGGGUCCGUAUGGUAUCAGAGUAAAUUGUGUAAACCCUACCGUUAUCAUGACUGAAAUGGCUAAAGUUGGAUGGUCAGAUCCAGUUAAGGCUAAUGAAAUGCUUGCCAAGAUACCUCUUAGAAGAUUUGGAGAAGUUUCUGAAGUGGUCAAUGCUGUAGUUUUUCUACUCAGUGAAAGGUCAAGUAUGAUCAAUGGUGUAGAGCUGCCUGUUGAUGGUGGUUUUCUCGCCACGUAA